CAAAUAAACACUAAAAUGCCAGGGUUGACAUUAGAUUUAGAUUUAUACACAAUUAAGUUGAAAAAUGUAACUGAGUUCACUACGUUUAUAUUGACGGGUUUCACAGAUGAUUUUGAGGUGCAAAUCUUCCUCUUUUUACUAUUUCUAGCAAUCUACCUUUUUACUCUGGUAGGAAAUUUGGGACUAGUUAUAUUAGUCAUUGGGGAUUCUCGGCUACACAACCCCAUGUACUACUUUCUGAGCGUAUUGGGGACCACAGAAUGCUUUCUCUUGGCUGCAAUGGCAUAUGACCGCUAUGUCGCCAUCUACAACCCUCUCCUGUACUCAGUGAGCAUGUCACCCAGAGUCUAUGUGCCACUCAUCGUUGCUUCCUACGUGGGUGGCAUUUUGCAUGCUUCCAUACACACAGUGGCCACAUUCAGCCUGUCCUUCUGCGCAUCCAAUGAAAUUAGACAUGUCUUUUGUGACAUCCCUCCUCUCCUCGCCAUUUCUUGUUCUGACACUCACACAAACCAGCUCCUGCUCUCCUACCUUGUGGGCUCCAUUGAGAUCGUCACUAUCCUGAUAGUUCUGAUCUCCUAUGGUUUCAUUCUGUUGGCCAUUCUGAAGAUUCAUUCUGCUGCAGGGAGGCGGAAAGUCUUUUCUACAUGUGGCUCUCACCUAACUGGAGUGUCAAUAUAUCAUGGAACCAUCCUCUUCACGUACGUGAGACCAAGUUCCAGCUAUGCUCUGGACCAUGACAUGAUAGUCUCAACAUUUUACACGAUUGUGAUUCCCAUGCUGAAUCCCAUCAUCUACAGUUUAAGGAACAAAGAUGUAAAAGAAGCGAUGAAAAAACUGUUUGGUAAAAAUUGGUAUAUCAAUAAAGUCUACUUCUCACAUUAA